UGCUGAUAUACUAAAUUAACAUAAAUUAAAAAUGAAGAAGACAAACCACUCUAUGAAGCCAAAAAUCAAUAAAAUUGAGGAUCAGAGUCAAGCCCAAAGAUCAGAUGGCUUAGGAAUACUCUUGCAGAUUCAAAAGAUGCUCUCUGAUUACAAAAUCUGUAUCUUGUUUGCUAUUUUCACUAUGAUAGUGAUCACCUAUGUUUUGUCGGUAGACCUUAAUGGAAGAAAAAAUGGCAACAUAAUUCAUGACUCAACAGUAGAGAGAGAGAAUUUAAUCUCUGAUGACAAAGAAUGCUGCAAAGCUUCAGUGCUUAAGGAAGCAAGCCUUGGAAUAACAAUCUUCCAACAGAUUUCCAAACUCUCAAUCCUCUGAAGCAUCUGCUUCGUGAUGUUUUAUUUGAGCUGAAAUAAACCAAGUCACAAAGAGAAGACUAGAGAAAAUCUGGAAAAAGAAGUUAACGACGUAAACAGCUUCAUUCAGGAGGAAGGAUCUCAACCUACAACUAAAAAGAAUAAAAGUAAGAAAAACGUCCAAGUUAUAAUUUACCUCAAUGUAAACAACGACGAAAAUAAGCUAAUGCAUAAAAGAAGUGAUAGCACUAGAGAAGAUGAGGUAGACCAAGGAGGCAAUAACUGAGGACCUUCAGUAAACCUUCGAUCUACAACUCUUACAUCUUAUGGAGAUGACUGUGAAGAGGAAACAUUGCAAAUUGCAGAAGAGAGCCAUAUCCCAAUCCAGGCUUUGGUAUACAAUCCUAAACUUUCCUUUGAAGCUAGAAAGAAAUCAAUCCAGAGGACCAGCCAGUAUUUUAGGGAAAAGAUUAUAUUUUCUCCACUGCCUUCCAAUUAAUGGGAAAAACCUUUGCUAUCCUCUACACAGUAAAUAACAAGAGCCUCCUUCAACAGGUACUGAAGAAGACUCUGAUUGCUGUAAAGAGUUUGAAGACGAGCAAGACUCAGUGAAUAAAUUGUACAUCACUAAAGAUCUUAAAAAGCCUCAGAACAGUUGCCUCAAACCUUCUGAAAAACAUCAAACAAGACAAAUGUAUCCCAGUACACUUUCUUCGUUUUCUGAUUGAAGCAUGAAGUUGAAUAAUGAGGCUCAGAAAGAAGCAUUUUUGCCUAAAUACUUCAGAACUUGUGGGUGCUCUUCAGUUCUCAUCGUUGACGACUCUCCUUUCAACUUACUGAUACUGAAAGAAAUCUUCAAAUAAAGUUUUAGAAUCUCAAAACAAGGGUAAGGGUAAAGAUUCACCACAGAUUAAAAUCGAUGAAGCCUCGAAUGGGCUUAGAGCUCUGGAUAUGGUAAAGGAGUCACAAAGCAAGACUUGAUGAAAUGGAUACGAGGUUGUCCUCAUGGACCUUAGUAUGCCAGUUAUGGAUGGAGCAACGUCUGCUUGAAAAAUAGCACGACUUCAACAACAAGGCCUUGUUUACCAAGGACUAAGAGUUGUACCUUUAACAGCCUAUGACUCUACUGAGUAUAAAGAAUUAUGUAAAAAAGCAGGAAUGAGUGGGUUUUUGAAUAAACCCAUAUGCCAGAAAUCCAUCUCAAAUGUAUUCACCUGUUAAUUAUAUUUAUAUAACUUUAAUACCUUAUGCCAACCA